AAUAAAAAACAAAAAAAUUCUCGAGUUUCCAUAUCGCAAGACAUAUCAUUAUCAAAAGAACAUAUUGAACAUCAAGCUACUUCUCAAGAUUUUCCGGUUGUAACUAUUGUAUCUGAUAGUAAUGAUUUGAACGAUUCUAUGAUUAAUAAUACUAAUAAAAGCGAAAAUCAAAGAGAAUCGAUAAACAGUGAAUCUGAUACACCUGAUUUAUCAACAUCUCAUCUAACCGAAAGGACAAAUGCACAGCUUAAGCGUAAAAAAUUGCAUGAACUUAGUAAUUUACCAUCUAAAUGUAAGCAGUUAUUUUUGAUAAAUAUUAUGUCAAAUUAUAAUUUUAUAUUUAUUUUUUUUAAUUUAGGUGAAAAAUAUGCAGAGUUAAAAAGUGAUAUUUAUGAAAAUCAUAAACUCCUACAAAACUUGCUUGCAGUUUUAACAAAAGAACCAUCAUUAACUACUAAUAAUCAAGUACAUCAACUGGAGGGAAAAGUAAAGCAACGUUUGAAAAGAAAGGAUACAAAACAUUUGUGUUGGGAUGUUCCAAUGACAGAAGCUUGUCAUCAAUUGUUUCAAGAAAAUAAAAAUCUGUCAGAUGCAGAUAUUGAACGUGUUUUCAAAUCAAAAAUUCAAACUGAUUAUCCCAAAAAAUUACAAGAAAUUGUAGAUUCAAGUGGAUGGGAUAAUUUCUGGAAUGCUGGAUAUUCAAUUGAGCUCUUACGUACUCAAGAUAAAAGAUGCAGUUUACGCUACUUUCAACUUAAUUUCUCACAAACUUAA